UAAUGUUAUCAUGGAACUGAUCCCAGACCAGCCCACUCAGACAGCUUUUUAAUAAGAAAAUCAGCUCAACAGCCGACACAAGCUUUGCAUCUCGAGUCUUUGAAGAGGUCUGUGCUGCAGGAUGAAGUUUGUUAUGAUCUUCCUCGUGCUCUCUCUGGUCGUCCUCAUGGCCGACCCUGGGGACUGUUUCUUCAAAUCUGCAUGGAGGGGGGUUAAGGCUGUGUUCAAAGGCGCCCGGGCAGGAUGGAAAGCAAACAAACAGCAGAGAACACAAGAAAAAUUUGCAAGAUAUCAACAACAGUUGCAAAACCCGGAGGAACAAGAGGAUCAACCACAGCACUGGCGCUGAUUCUCUUCAUCUCAGGAUCCAGAGAUGCUUGCAUUUAUAAAACUUCACCAAUCCUGUUGUGAUUUGUUGCAAAACUCAACUUAGUUUGCAACAAAUUCACUUGCAAAUUCUCCUUUUCAAUAAACUUGCAGAAUGAAAACCGAAAA